AUGUCUGCGGGUGGUGAGCAUUUAAAGGAUGAGGGAAAUCGAACUCAAGUUGUGGCCGCCGGAGCCAUAGCCGGGCUUGUUUCGAGAUUCUGCAUCGCACCUCUGGACGUUGUGAAGAUACGGCUACAGCUGCAGAUCCACUCUCUAUCUGAUCCCCUAUCACAUCGCGAUGUCAAGGGGCCGAUAUACAAGGGGACCGUCUCGACUCUCUUCGCCAUAGCACGGCAAGAAGGCAUAACUGGUCUCUGGAAAGGGAACAUCCCGGCCGAAAUCCUCUAUAUCUGUUAUGGUGGAAUCCAGUUCACUGCCUACCGCAGCGUCACACAGUUACUGCACCUCCUACCUCCUCAGCAUCGAAUCCCGGGCCCAGUCGAAACAUUCAUAAGCGGCGCGACGGCAGGCGGCAUAGCAACGGCAUCAACAUACCCAUUCGAUCUGCUACGAACGCGCUUUGCAGCUCAAGGGAACAACAAAGUAUACCGUUCCCUUGUAUCUUCCGUGCGUGAUAUAUACUGUUAUGAAGGGGCUGGUGGAUUCUUCCGUGGUGUUACUGCGGCAGUUGCUCAAGUGGUACCGUACAUGGGGCUGUUUUUCGUCGCCUACGAAGCGCUGCGAAAGCCGUUAAGCACCGUUGAUUUACCGUUUGGGUCAGGAGAUGCUACGGCCGGUAUGAUUGCGAGCGUUCUGGCGAAGACGGGCGUGUUUCCGUUGGAUCUUGUCAGGAAGCGGCUGCAAGUUCAAGGGCCGACGAGGUCAAAAUAUGUGCAUGUGAAUAUACCUGAGUAUCAUGGCGUGGUGAGCACCAUCCGGACUAUUGUGGCAACUCAGGGCGUUAGGGGGUUGUAUAGGGGGUUGACGGUGAGUUUGAUCAAGGCUGCGCCUGCGAGUGCGGUGACAAUGUGGACGUAUGAGAGAGCAAUGGCGGUGUUGAAGGAACUGGAUUCCAAAUAG